AUGAUUUUCUCCGUGAUUCUCCCGUUUUUCGCACUUUUCUCGAAAUCAGAAGCAGUUCGCUGUCGAACCUGUGUCGAGGUGUCGAAUGGUGGCUGUGUGGCGUUCGAGGAUUGCGGGAAUAGCUAUUGUGUCUAUGAGCACAUCACCUCGAAUCAGAUGAGCAUCGUGAGACGCUCGUGCCAGGCGGGCAUUCAAUACAAAUUCGACGAUGGAUCGGUGAUCGACGUUUUGAAUCGAUGCGUGAGAAAAAAAACGGCCACGCACAACUAUGAGAUUAGGAUUUGCAAUGAUGCGGAUUACUGCAACGAUCAAUGCGAGCAGGCGCCUGGCAUUUCGUUGAGACGUUGUCACAACUGUUUGGCCCAAAAUGUGAACGAUUGCACUGGGAGCACGUGUUUCGGUCGAUUUUGCACAUACGAAAGACGUCUGGAGAAUGGGUUGCUUCGGAUUGAAAAAGGAUGCACGAAUGAGACUUUUUUGAUGCUUCCAGACGGAAAUCGGCUCACCGACUUGAACACUUGUGAAACGCGCUCCUACCACCAAAACGGACUUUUUGUCGGAAAGCUUUGCGACAAUGGGGACUACUGUAAUGGGCAAUGCGUUAACCCGAUAAAUCCAGACGAGAAGACUCUUCAAUGCAGUGAAUGCCAAGCGGACAACGCGUUGGACUGUAACUCUGGGCACAUGUGCACCGGAAAGUAUUGUGUCUUUGUCCGCGAAGAAACGCCAAAUUCAAUUUCUGUGAGGCGAACCUGCAGCAACGAGGGGAGCUGGGAGUUCCCCGACUACACGAGAACGAGAACGAUCAAUGAUUGUGAGAGCAGAACGAUUCGCGACGUGAACUAUUUGGUCGAGGUGUGCAAUACGGGCAACAAUUGCGCAAAUCUGUGCGUUCAGCAGCCGGUUCUGACCACUCGGCCCUACAACGAUCCACAGGUCACCUGCUACAUGUGCUCGUCGAGCGGCGCUGAUUGCUACUCAGGAGAGUGCCGGGGGAACUAUUGUUAUUAUUUUCUCGUCUACGAUCGGACAAGCGGUCAGGCGCGUUCACAGCGCGGAUGCUCGGCGCAACGGGAACUCGAGUUGGACGACCAAGCCAUCGACGCGUAUGGAAGUUGCAAACAGUUGGCUCAAGGGGAUCGAAUCAUUCUGGCGAACACGUGCAACUCGAUGAAUCAUUGCGACUCGGGGUGCACCCAAUUGGCGGCCACGUUGACAAGAGAGGUCGUUUGCACGAAUUGUCAAUCGCAAGGGACGAGCUGUCAGGGAUCGCCGUGCGCCGGGAAAUACUGCUAUUACUACCGUGAAUUCGACUCGAUCAAUGGGAAUUUCGUGCAUCGUGGCUGUUCCGAUCAAGAGUCGAGAUUGUUGCCGAACGGGAAAAUGAGUCAAGGAUAUGGGCAAUGUGAUUAUGGUAACAUCGGCUCGACAACAUUCGUCUUCAACUCGUGCAACUCCACAAAUUUCUGUGACACGCUUUGUCAGAGCGCUCCAUUUCCAUUGACGACUUCGACCGCCUCGUGGACAACGGAAUACAAUCGAGAUAAAGGGGUCUCCAAUUUGAGCUUAUUCAUUUCGAUGAUGAUUUCUUUUUGGGUAAUGAUUGUUUUGCAU